UCGGCAAACCCUCGUACGGCAAAAGCGUUGCCAUUGUCAUUACCGGCAGAGGAAACGCAAUCUGAUGCCCGCGCCACGGCGCUGGUGUCGACCGUACCACCGAUCGCGGUUAGUACUCACAGUACAUCGGCCUGCAGCCGCUCAUCUGCCACGAUACGUGCUAAAAAACUUGCAGCUCAAAUACAGCAUGCACACCGCCUUGCACAAAUUGAAAUGGAGGCGGCAGAAGCUCGUCGUGCUAAGUUGGAGGCGGCGAGGAAGGAAUACGAAGCAGAAAUUGAAGCAAUCAGUUCCCGGGGCAGCCGAUCUGGUAGUCGUGCUAGUGUUCAUCGUAGCUGCUCGGAAGUUGUGGACAAAUGCUAAUAUACAGGUAUCUGAAGAGUCAAGUCGGCCAAUGUCACAUGCAGGUAAUGAUAAUGCAGAGCAGUCUCCGUCGGAAUUGGUAUCACAGACAUCUUCUGUUAGUACCACUACUUCUUGUAAGCCAUUACUAAAGAUUGUCGCUGUCACAGUAUCUGGUCCCGCGGGUUCUGUUGAUACUUUCGCGUUACUGGAUGACGGGUCCACGGCUACCUUCAUUGACUCAGAAAUUACCUCUCAGAUUGGAGUAACAGGUACAGUAGAACAAAUUGAACUGCAGUGUGUUGGUGGCUUAUCAAAACAGUCGCAAGUCGAGUAUGUUGACUUUCAAAUAAAAGGAAAGAGAUCUGCUGAUUCCUUUGUCAUCAAACAAGCUAGAUCUAUUAGUAACCUCGGACUGGCGAAUCGAAAUGUCAAUAAGAGUGAUGUUCUUGCAUUUCCAUAUUUGUUAGAUAUAGCUGACGAAUUAUGUUAUAAUGCCAAACCUACCAUUAUAAUCGGUAUAGAUAAUUGGAAUUUGUCUGUUCCCAUGGCAGUAAGACAGGGAACUAGUUCUCAACCUGUUGCCAUUCUUACGGUACUAGGGUGGGUUCUUUUCGGGUUUGUAGCGAAUAGAACAAAUACUGUUCAUUUUGUAAAUAAUGUAUGUGAUUACUAUUUAGGUAGUGACAAGUUACGAGUUGUCAAUAAUGCAGUUGCCAAAUUAGGAGUUAGUUCAAAUUUACCUUUGCGUGAACCAGAUCUCUUGAAAUCUUUUCUUAAUAUUGUAAAUCGUUUUUACGAGGAGAGUGUCAUAAUUAACGAUGACAUUAAAGCAAUAUAUCCUCAGCAUUGGGGAAUGGAACUAGAAGAAAUGGAAAAAUUAAGGAUAUUGGUUAUGAUAGGAACAAGAAUGUCUGAUAAGGGAAUGAUCAUUUUACGGCUAAUGCCAUCAGCUCCGAUAGCAUUGGAGAAUUAUGAAUAUGGUGUCGCCGUGCGUCUCUACACAUCAUGUUGCAGUGAUUUCUUAGACGGUGAUAUCUGUCUCGUCGACGGGUAUCUGUGGGGUUAG